AUGUUCAGAUUGGGCCGCCGCAGCUUGGGCCCGACUUUGAAGGCUGUCAGAGAUACCCCUUCGCGGAGUUCAAUCCAACAAAGGAGGAACCUUAGCAUUCACGAAUACCUGUCGGCCAGACUCCUCAAAUCGUACGGUGUCGGCGUGCCCAAUGGGGAGGUCGCCCAAACUCCAGAAGAGGCCGAGGCGAUUGCGACGAAGAUUGACGGAGAUGAUAUGGUCAUCAAAGCACAGGUGCUCGCCGGUGGCCGAGGCAAAGGAACUUUCGACAAUGGGCUGAAAGGUGGCGUCCGAGUGAUCUACUCUCCUACGGAAGCGAAGAUGUUUGCGGGUCAAAUGAUCGGACACAAGCUCAUCACCAAACAAACCGGGGCUCGAGGCCGGAUCUGCAACUCUGUCUACAUCUGCGAACGUAAAUUUGCCCGUCGAGAAUUCUACCUGGCCAUUCUCAUGGACCGUUCUACACAAUCCCCCGUCAUAGUCGCUUCCUCCCAAGGUGGCAUGGACAUUGAGACCGUGGCCAAAGAGACGCCUGAUGCCAUCAUCACCACCACCAUUGACAUCAACGUGGGCGUAACCGAUGAGAUUGCGAGGAAUAUUGCGACCGAUCUGGGUUUCAGUGAACAAUGCAUUGAAGAUGCCAAGAAUACCAUCCAGAAAUUGUACCAGGUCUUCAUCGAAAAGGACGCCACUCAGAUCGAAAUCAACCCUCUGAGUGAGACCAGCGAUCAUCAAGUGUUGGCCAUGGAUGCCAAGUUGGGCUUCGACGAUAACGCCGAGUUCCGACAGAAGGAAAUCUUCAGUUGGAGAGACACCUCCCAGGAAGAUCCCGACGAAGUCAAGGCUGCAGAGUACGGUCUCAACUUCAUCAAACUCGACGGGGACAUUGGCUGUCUCGUCAACGGGGCUGGUCUGGCCAUGGCGACGAUGGACAUUAUCAAAUUGAACGGCGGUGCACCGGCCAACUUCUUGGAUGUCGGUGGGGGCGCAACCCCCGAGGCCAUCAAGUCGGCAUUUGAUUUGAUCACCAACGAUCCCAAAGUGACGGCAAUUUUUGUCAACAUCUUCGGUGGUAUCGUCCGAUGUGACGCCAUUGCUCAAGGAUUGAUCAACGUGGUACAACAGAUGAACUUGAGGUUGCCCAUUGUGUGUCGAUUGCAAGGCACCAAUAUGGAAAAGGCCGCUGAGUUGGUCAACAACUCGGGACUCAAGAUCUUUUCUAUUACGGAUCUCCAAGAAGCCGCAGUAAAGGCUGUAGAUUUUUCCAAGAUUGUCAAGAUGGCGAGAGACAUCGACGUGGGUGUGGAGUUUUCCCUUGGUAUCUAA